GGGAGGGGGGACUAGCCCGAGCUCUGUCACGUGGCAUUCUGCACGGAGGUGGCGCAGAGUGGGGCGGGGCUGUCAGGGGGCGGAGUCUCCGCUGCCGCGCUGUGGGGCGAGAGUUGCCAGCGCUGCUGUGGAGGAGCCGGAGCUCAGCUGGCGGAGCGCUGCUGGGAAUGUGAAGACUGAAGCAGAAUGGAUCCAUCACUGGGGGCAAGAUCCAUGGUAGUCUCCGUGGAGGGGAUGACAUGCAAUUCUUGUGUUCAGACCAUUGAACAACACAUUGGGAAAAUGAAUGGAAUUCACAAUAUCCAAGUAUCUCUGGAAGGAAAGAAUGCAACCAUUAUCUAUGACCCCAGACUCCAGACUCCAGAAUCCCUUCAGGAAGUUAUAGUUGACAUGGGAUUUGAUGCUACCCUGGCUGAUUCAGACCCACAACCUGUUUUACUUGACACUACUUUUCUAACCAUUCCUACUCAGUCACAAGUAACAUGUGAACAGAUCUGUAACGCCUUACUAAAGAACAAAGGUAUCUUGGAUGUUAAAAUUUCCUCUGACCAAAAAACUGCAGUUGUGACAUUCAUUUCUUCUAUUAUAAAUGGCAACCAGAUUAUUCAAAUGGUGCCAGGCAUAGAUUUAAAUACUGCAGCACCAGAGAAGACAUCUGGGACUGGUGAAGAUUCCAUUUGGUCCCAAGCAUGUGAUGUUGUGCUAAGGAUGAAGGUAGAGGGGAUGACCUGCCAUUCUUGCACCAGCACCAUAGAAGGAAAGAUUGGCAAACUGCAAGGGGUACAGCGGAUUAAAGUCUCCCUGGACAAUAAGGAAGCUGUUAUUAUGUAUCAGCCUCAUCUAAUUACAGCAGAGGAAAUAAAAAACCAAAUUGAAGCUGCAGGUUUCACAGCAUUUAUCAAAAAACAGCCCAAACCCCUCAAGUUGGGUGUUAUUGAUGUGGAGCGUUUAAAGAACACCCAAACCAAAUGUUCAGAGGGAAUACUUCAAAAAAGUCCAAAGCAUAUUAAUGACUUAAAGACCAUUGUUUUCAGAGUCGAUGGCAUGCACUGCAAUUCGUGUGUCUUAAAUAUUCAGAGCAGCAUAUCAGCACUCCCAUCUGUAGCAAGCAUAGUAGUUUCGUUAGAGAAGAAAACAGCUACUGUAAAAUACGACUCAGACUUCAUCAGCAUAGAUGCGCUGAGAAGAGCCAUAGAGGCAGUAUCACCAGAGAUGUUUAAAGUCAGUGUUCCAGAUGAAUAUGAAAACGUAGAGCUUUUCAGUGCACAGAUAUCUCCAGUGAAAUCUUCUCAGACAGCUUUAAACAGCACCAACCAAUCCAUUACUCAAGUUACUGUGGUAAAUAUUGAGGGAAUGACUUGUAAUUCUUGUGUGCAAUCUAUUGAGGGAGUCAUUUCUCAAAAGCCAGGUGUAAAAUCAAUAUGUGUGUCUCUUGUGAAUCAUAAUGGGACUAUAAAAUAUGAUCCUCUCCUAACUGGUCCAGAAGACUUAAGAUCUGCAAUAGAGGACAUGGGAUUUGAUGCUUCCUUAUCAGCAAAGACAGAGCCAUUGGUAUUAAUAACUCAGCCUUCACUGGAAGUGCCGUUAGACUCUCAGGAUAAUAUGCUUUACAAAACAGCGCUACACUCCAAAGUGUCACCAGUCCAUGAUGAUAAACAGGAGGCAAGGACUCCAUCGAAGUGUUACAUCCAGGUCACUGGCAUGACCUGUGCUUCCUGCGUAGCAAAUAUUGAGAGAAAUUUGAGGAGGGAAGAUGGAAUAUGUUCUGUGCUUGUUGCUCUAAUGGCAGGGAAGGCAGAAGUGAGGUAUGACCCUGCUAUCGUACAACCAUCAGUCAUAGCAGAUCUAAUCCGUGAAUUGGGAUUUGGAGCUACUGUUAUGGAAAACUAUGAUGGAGAUGGAAUUCUAGAACUUGUUGUGAGAGGAAUGACAUGUGCCUCAUGUGUACAUAAAAUAGAAUCCACCCUUAUGAAGACUAAAGGUGUAUUAUACAGCUCAGUGGCUCUUGCAACCAACAAAGCACACAUUAAAUAUGAUCCUGAGAUUGUUGGUCCUCGAGAUAUUAUACAAACAGUAGAGGAUUUAGGUUUUGAUACUUCUUUAGUCAAGAAGGACAGAUCUGCUAGCCAUCUGGACCACAAACAGGAAAUAAGGCAAUGGAAAAGAUCUUUUCUUGUGAGUCUGGUUUUCUGCAUUCCUGUAAUGGCGCUGAUGAUUUACAUGAUGAUUAUGGACAGUCACCUCUCAGAUGUUCACCAGCAUCGCAACAUGAGCAAGGAGGAAAUGGAGGCUUAUCACUCUUCUAUGUUCUUGGAGCGUCAGGUCCUGCCAGGAUUGUCUGUAAUGAAUUUUCUGUCUUUUUUAUUGUGUGUCCCUGUUCAGUUAUUUGGGGGCUGGUACUUCUACAUUCAAGCAUACAAAGCACUGAAGCAUAAAACUGCUAACAUGGAUGUGCUCAUUGUUUUGGCAACCACCAUUGCAUUUGUCUACUCCUUCGUUAUUCUUCUAGUUGCAAUGGCUGAAAAAGCAAAAGUGAAUCCUGUGACUUUCUUCGACACGCCUCCUAUGCUAUUUGUGUUCAUUGCAUUGGGCCGGUGGUUAGAGCAUAUGGCAAAGGGUAAAACAUCGGAAGCCCUUUCAAGACUAAUUUCACUACAAGCUACAGAAGCAACUCUCGUUAACCUAGGACCAGACAAUAUUCUUUUGAGUGAAGAUCAGGUUGACGUUGAACUGGUUCAACGGGGUGAUGUUGUCAAAGUAGUUCCAGGAGGCAAAUUCCCCGUUGAUGGCCACGUUAUUGAAGGACAGUCUAUGGUAGAUGAAUCCCUUAUCACAGGUGAAGCAAUGCCUGUGACUAAAAAACCUGGCAGUACAGUUAUUGCAGGUUCUAUUAAUCAGAAUGGGUCACUGCUGAUCUCUGCAACUCACGUCGGAGCUGAUACAACUCUCUCUCAGAUUGUCAAACUUGUGGAGGAGGCACAAACCUCAAAGGCUCCAAUCCAGCAAUUUGCAGACAAACUUAGUGGCUAUUUUGUUCCUUUUAUUGUGGCUGUCUCUGUGGUUACCCUUUUUGCUUGGAUUAUAAUUGGAUUUGUCAAUUUUGAAGUUGUGGAAAUAUAUUUUCAUGGUUACAAUAAAAGCAUUUCCAAAACCGAAGUAAUAAUCCGCUUUGCUUUCCAAGCCGCCAUCACAGUUUUGUGCAUUGCCUGUCCUUGUUCAUUGGGAUUAGCAACCCCAACAGCUGUCAUGGUGGGUACUGGGGUAGGAGCUCAGAACGGCAUACUGAUCAAAGGUGGAGAACCACUAGAGAUGGCUCAUAAGGUAAAGGUGGUGGUAUUUGAUAAAACAGGAACCAUUACCCAUGGAACUCCAGUAGUGAUGCAGGUGAAGAUUCUAGUGGCGGAUAACCAGAUGCCACGUAAUAAGAUUUUGGCAAUAGUGGGGACUGCUGAGAGUAACAGUGAGCACCCUCUGGGGACAGCAAUAACAAAAUACUGCAAGAAGGAACUGGACUCAGAAACCCUUGGAACCUGUACAGAUUUUCAGGUAGUAGCAGGCUGUGGCAUUAGCUGUAAAGUCAACAAUAUUGAAGCAUUGCUGUACAGGAGGAAUGAGAAGGUUGAAGAAAACAAUAUUAAGAAUAUGACACUCAUAAGAGUUGAUGAGAACAUUGAGGUGUCAAUGCAACCUGCCUUGAUUAUUGAUGCCCAAUUGCCAACUACUUUGAAUCAUCAAAAGUAUUCUGUUCUCAUUGGGAACCGGGAAUGGAUGAAUAGAAAUGGCCUCCUUCUUAAAAGCGAUAUUGAUAAUGCCAUGAUUGAACACGAAUGUAGAGGUUGCACUGCAGUCCUUGUAGCUGUUGACGGAGUGCUGUGUGGCUUGAUAGCUAUUGCUGAUACAGUGAAACCUGAAGCUGAAUUGGCAAUCCACAUUUUGAAGACUAUGGGGUUAGAAGUUGUUCUAAUGACUGGAGACAACAGUAAAACAGCGAGAUAUAUUGCCUCUCAGGUUGGCAUCACCAAAGUGUUUGCUGAGGUUCUUCCCUCGCACAAGGUAGCCAAAGUGAAACAGUUACAAGAGGAGGGCAAGCGGGUAGCAAUGGUGGGAGAUGGUAUCAAUGAUUCCCCCGCUCUUGCUAUGGCUAAUGUUGGAAUUGCAAUUGGCACAGGCACUGAUGUAGCCAUUGAGGCAGCAGAUGUGGUUUUAAUUAGGAACGAUUUGUUGGAUGUGGUGGCAAGUAUAGAUUUAUCAAGGAAGACCGUCAGAACAAUCCGGUUCAACUUUGUCUUUGCUCUAAUUUAUAAUCUUGUGGGAAUUCCUGUUGCUGCUGGUGUCUUUCUGCCAUUUGGUAUCGUUUUGCAGCCAUGGAUGGGCUCUGCUGCAAUGGCUGCCUCUUCUGUUUCCGUUGUGUGUUCUUCUCUGUUGCUAAAGCUCUACAAGAAACCAAGUUAUGAGAAAUAUGAGCUCCGUGCCCAUGGCAAUAUGAGACAGAAGAGUGGUUCGGAAAUAUGUGUCCAUGUUGGAAUUGAUGAUACUGGGACAGCUUCUCCCAAACUGAGCCUAAUGGAUCAAAUCAUCAGUUAUAGUAGAGCCUCACUAAGUUCCCUGUUCUCAGAUAAACGCUCCCUCAACAGCAUUGUUCUCAGUGAACCAGAUAAGCACUCACUUCUAGUGGGAGAUUUCAGAGAGGAAGAAGACACAGCGUUAUGAAAGGCUCUUAAAAAGAUACAGUUGGCUAGAACUCUGUAUGCACUGAUAAGUUCCAGAGGUCUGACUUGUUUUAAGGAUUUUCCUCUUAUCUUCUCUAGGUUUUAAUUGCUCAAUUGUACAGGAAAGAAAAUAUUUUUUCAUGUUUUAAACACUGAAGCUAGUCCAUUUAUUUGCAGUGACCUUCCAGUAUUUUUUACCAGACACAGCAAAGAAAGAAAGGGCAGUGGCAGCUGGAGCCUGCAAGUGAAGCCAGGUAAUGUAGCUAAGAAGCUAUUAAUGUCACACUAUUUUUCUAGAAGAUGCUGAAAUAAAAUUAAGAAAACACACAGGGGAACCAGAAAUGGAAUAGAGGACUGAUCAACAGGCAACUGGGGACAGUUUCUUGAUGUGUAGCAUGGCUAAUAUGUUUGCUGUAUCAAAGAUAUUGAUGACCGCAGCUGUAAACACUGAAAGUGCUCUUCAUUUGCAAAUGGAUGUGCCUUAUUGCAUAACUUUUGGGAUUUCUCUCAUUUAUAACUUAUUCCAUACAAGAAAUUGUCCUGCAAAAGCUUAGAUUGGUUUUUUUUUUGUUUUGUUUUUGUUUUUAAACCAAACCCCUUGCCAUCUCUUCUCUCUUGAUCUGGAUCCUGGUCAUAUGUAGAGAGAGAGAACUGAGGGAGCUUCGGUUUAUUUCCCCCCAUCUUCUCCCCGCUAAACUUCUUUCCUUUCUCUGUUCAUCUGUGUCCCAAUACACUCCUGCGACUGAGAUUGUCUGCUAGAAAGUACAUUAAGUACACACAGAAUGGGUUGAUAUGUCUUGCCUCUCCCAGCCUCUGCUAGCUCAGAAAACAUACCACCUGCGAUUUCUCCCAUGCUCUUCUGAGGAAGUAAUAGAGUAUGCUACUACCUGAAUUAUUGGUUUUUUUUUAAAAGCCUGUUAGCAUUCAGUGAAGUUAUUAUUAGUUAUCAGUACCUGCCAAUUCCCUUUAAAUGAAUUGCGGUGAUUCAUACUGAUGUUACAAGGUCCACCAUUGUAAUCUUUACAAUUACGCCUUCAUACUUAGGUAAUGUUACCACACAGUGUUUGCUUCAUUUACUACCUACUGAGCUAAUGUCAAUUGCUUGUAAAGAUGUUAAUAGUGUACCAGAGCCCUGAACCAAAACCCGGGUUCCCAACCACCUCAAUUUGGGAAUAUCCAGAUCCAGACUUUGUGAAUUGGGCCCACCUUCACUUGUUAUAGUACUGAAUUCUCAAAAUUAGAUUUUUGAUCGCUAAUCAUAAAUAUUAAAAAUUAAAUUUCUCACUGAGAAAGCAACUAGGUGUUUAUCACCCAUUUACCUCCCUGGAAUAUUGGCUAAUCUGCAAAUCUUAUUCUUGAAAUCCUUUGCUGAGAGACCUAUUUACCAUUUUACUAGGUAAAUAAUGAUGAGGAACUAUACCAUGAAGUCUAAUCCAUGGUGUGAGAGUUUAAUUCUCAUUUGUGUUUUUCAGAGAGGUCAGUCCAUCUGUCAGAAAAUAGACACAGAGAACAGUAAAUGUUAGUGUUCUAGUUUUUAAAUUGAGAAUCAGUGGUUAUGCAUAGAUUAUGUAAAAUGUCAAAAGCAAAUGUUUGAUGUAUUUCAUAAUUUUCACUACUGAAAUGACAAGGGAAAAUAUCAAAGUCUGAAAACAGGAAGUUUUGUGCAGCAGAAUAUGUUGUCCCUGGGGUGUGAUGAGAGAGUAUUUUAUACAUAUCGUAAUGCUGAAUGCAAUAUAUAACUUUUUGUUGUUUCCACAUUAAAGAGAAAAUUAGGAGUAGGAAAACAUCAAAUUUCCAUUCAGGAAUUUGGUUUCAUGAGAUCACAAACUGAUAAGAUUUUAAGAAAUAUUUCAAUCUAGAUUAUAAGUAUAUUUGUCCUUUUUAGUGUCAGGAAACUUUAAUUUAUGGUAUAGUAAAGCCAUUCUAUUAAGUGGUAUUCUCAGUCUUGAACAACACAGCUAUUUCUGAUUAGUGGAUGAAUUGUUAUGUAGAAACCAAUAAAAUACUGCCAUGCAGCAUUUAUUGCUUUAAGAUCACAUACGUUGCUUCCAUGAUUCCAGUUUUGUUUUUCACCUACCCUCAUUUUCAGAGGCUCUUUCUGGCAAGACUCAGCAGGUGCAAUGGGGAGUAUUCUGCAUGAUUUGUUUUCUCAAGGAGGAAUUUUACAUGGCAGCAGCCUGUUUCUUUAUACAAGAGAACUGGUUUUGAAUUAUGCUAGUAAUUGGUCAUCUUCUGCCUGAUCUUGCAACGAAUACGAUUGGGCCCUGUCCUACUCAAAAAUGGGAAUUUUGCCACUUACUUAUGUGGGAGCAGGAACAGGUUCAUAAUCCUAUGCUUAUCACAUCUGUUGCAUGGGAAAAAAAAUAUCAAAAUUAAGACUCUGACUUCAGGAAUCAAGAAUGGUCACUUGGGACAAAUCCUGGUUUUAAACUCUUGGUUGGUUGUUAGCAAACAUACGGAAAUGAGAACUAUUUAUUACUCAGUGUUUAAGAUGAAUAGAUGUGGUUAAAUCUGCAAGUUUUCCUUAUAUGAAAGUCCCUCUUUAAUUCUUUCUGUAUUGUUAAAACCAGUAUUUGAUCCAGUUACUGCACACACACAGUGGUAUCCAAUAACAAGGAGCCUCUUAUUUUAAUCAGGUGACUGAAAAUUUGUUUUGCACUUGAAUGAAUAUACGUUGCAUUGACAUACUCAGUAUUGUACAUCUGGUCCAGAAAAUCUGAGUCAGUCUUUUUGAAAACAGGGUUUUUUCCUGGUAAAUAUCUGUAUGGGAACUUGCUGACAUUUUAGAAUGUUUAUGUUGAUGCUUUGUGAAUAAAAUAUUUCAUGCUGUGCUUGAAAGACCCAAAAUGUUUUCCAGUUUGAAUGUACAGUGCAGGUGAAAUAGCAUAAAAGGUAAAAUGUUUGCAGACAUGUAAAUGUGCUAAUUUUUUUCUGUAAAUAUACUUUACUCUUGCCUAUGGACAUCUUGAAAUCCUGUGAUUAUGUGUCAUCAAAACCAUUUAAAAAUAUUCAGUUACAAAUGAAACUAUGCAUCAAACUAGUUUAUUUAUUAUUAUUAUUAUUUCCUGUACUGUCAUUAAAUAGAUGUAAGACCUCUAGUUUAUUUAAAAAAACAAAACAAAGCCCUGCAAAUAAUCAUUGCCUGAAAUUUUAAACUGGAUUUACCAGUAAACUUUUACAGAUGAUACAGGCAUGCCUCUUAUUACAUGUAAUCAAUUUCAUACCAAAAGGAGCUGUAAGACCAACAAAAUCAGAACAGAAGCAGGGCAAUGUUUAAUUACAUGAGCUGAUAAGAAUAUUUUGUUUUCUGGCCAAGAAACCAGAAGUUCCAAGCAAAUAUUUUUAACUUUAGAGAAAUCUUUUUUUAUUAAGUUUGAUAUCAGAAAAGGAACGGUGAACAAUUCUGUGAAAUACUAAUUUUAGUACUGUUCUGUCUCUUUAAAUUUACACCUAUAAGUAUGUAAUAUUACAUUAUAAUUCUGUCAAGAUUGUGCCUUCAACUUUAUAAUUAUAAUGUUGUCAAAAUGUAAUGUUCAAUGCCUGUUUUUUAAAGUGCUUUCCAGAAUUCCAUUCUAAUACUGCUGUUGUGAAGCUGGACAAAUAUCAUUGCCAGCUGCACUUGACUGCUUGCUAAUACAUGUAUUGUUGUGCUUCACUAUAAAGCUUAAAAUAUAUGGCCUUUAGAAAGGAUUCUUUAUUCACCUAAGUAGAGUUGCUUUGCAGCAUAUUUAAAUAGUCACAUAUAGUGGGGUGGGCAUUAUGGAACCAUCUGUCUGGCACCACAUGCUGUUUCAACCUUGCUCCCCCUUUCCAGUUUCAUAGAUGACCCUCUUAUUUGGGAAUGUGAUUUACUGUGAAUUGGAAUUUUUUAUUUUUAUUGUCAGCUCUGCCAUUGGUCUACUACAAUAUAUGAUCUUUGGCAAGUAAUUUCACCUUUCUGCCUCAAUUGGUCCAGCUAUAAAAUGGGCUGGGAUGCUAUGGGCAUGGUCAAUUAAUGUUGGUUAUGCACACUUUGAGAUCCUUGGGUAAAAGGUAUCAGAUAGUAGUAUUGCAGACUGGAACCUUUCAUUUAUGUAGUCACUCCAUAGCCAAAAUAAACUGCCAACUAGCAUAAAGUUGUACUUGAAGCAUCCUAAAAGAGAAGAAAUUUAACCUGAGGGGCCCUGUGUGAGGUCAUGGCACCCUUUGUUCUGAUGAGGGUUUAAGUCUAAAUCCUAGAUCUCUGCAGGUACUGUGCAUGGCCAGAAUGAUUGCUGCAAUAAUUCAAAGGGCUCAGAAUGAAAGAUGCAAGGACACAAAAAUGACAGGCAGUGGGGUGGGGGCGUUGCCGUUGAGUUCACUGGCUAAUCUGCUGAUUUCCACAGUAUAAUCUCCCAAACAAAAUAUUUAAAAUAAAAACCAUAAUAGAACUGCCUCUAACAUUUUGCUGUCUGCAAAAUACACCUCUCCACCAAAGCAAUUCUCCUACCAGCAUGUUUGCUGAGGCUUCUUUUUGUUCCCCUUCCUGUGAUUGCUUUUCCAGCAUCAUGCACACUUUAUACCUGUCUCUAUGAAUGUAUAAGUAAAGGCAUUGUUGGCUGUGAAGUAUUUCUGUCUUUUCUG